UUGUCAGUUUUGUUUGAUAUUUUCUAACGCCUCCAUUGUUCAUCCACACAUUUUGUAUAUUUUUUCUUUUAAUUCUAAUGAACCUGCCAUUUUAUUACUUGUAUCUCUUUUCACUUUUCUUCAGGAUUAAGUGGCCAACAGGAUGUGCUCCAUUUUAUUGUGUUAAAACAUUUUUAGGCUGACUAUAAAUGAUAUCCACUGAAAAUACAACAAAGCUCAUUUGUCUCCUCUUCCUGUUCCCAUGAGGCUUUGACAACACAGAAGCUCUGAAGCGCCCCCUAUCUGCACAAGGGAAAAAUGCCUGAACUAGCAAGAGUGGGACCUCUCAUUUUAUGGCUUCUUCAAGGUGCACUUUGUAAAGACCCCUUGAUGUCACUGCCCCAGAAUAUUGAAGCUCUGGAUGGCUCCUGUGUGGUCAUUCCCUGCACAUUUAAACCUAUCGAAGCACUUGGGAGAGAUCAGAUUGGAGUGUGGAUAAGCAAUGAUCCAUGGAAGGGAAACAAGGUGUUCAGAAAAGACACAACAUAUGGCGUCUGGACAAAUGUCAGAGUGACAAUCGGUCAUGUAAGAGCGGGAAACUGCAGCACACGACUGGACAGAGUCGGACCUCAACAAGGAGGGACGUAUUACUUUAGGACUGAAGGAAAAUAUGAUUAUACAUUUGGACACAACAGUCUUAAAAUGACAGUUCAAGAUAAGCCACUGAUCACUCCAUUUGUCCCAGUAAAGGAGGGCGCAGUCACCAAUCUGUCCUGCUCUGCUCCUUCUUCUUGUCCCAGUGACCCCCCAGUCCUGACGUGGAGUGACACACUGAAAGGGGCAAAAACUGAGACGCCCCAGGAGGUAAACAGAAUCCAAGUGGUCCUGCGUUUCACUGCUUCCCACGUCCACCACAACAAGACGGUCACCUGCAUGGCAAGCAGUCGAGGACAACGCUGGAUCAACACCGUCACUCUGAACAUCACUUAUUCUCCAAGACGCACAUCGAUAUCUGGCCAUCGUAUUCACAACGUCACAGAAGGGGGCGCCGUGACACUGAGCUGCACCUCCAGUGCAAACCCCCCCAGCAGCUACACCUGGUAUCAUGUGACCGGGUCAUCUGUCACCCAAAGAGGAUCUGGGCAGAGUCUGCCCCUCCACAAUGUCACCCUCAGCGAUGGUGGGCUCUACUACUGUGAGGCGAGGAACAAACACGGAGGGGAGAACUCGACCGCGGUGACCAUCGAUGUGCAGCGUGAGUACCGCUGACCAACUGAACAUCGAUAACAGCUCAGCGUUCGGAAUUAUAUUCUAAGAUAUCCAAGAAGUAGCGACGGCAGUCGGAUGUGCUGCAGGUUUGAGUUCACAGCUCAGACCAACUCCAUGAUAGGGUAGAAAAAUGAAGUGAAUUUGAUCAAUUUCAAUUUUGUUACAGCUCUAAAUCAGACAUGGCUGUGACGCUAAUCUGCAUCCAGCCCUGCAUGUAGACCCUCAAACCUUCUGGGAAACACCUGGGGAUUGGUGGCAGAAUUGGCCCUCCAGCCACCAUAAAAAACCUCCCAGUGUUCCAUUCCAUCUGAACUCGUGUGGUGCUGAGGUGUCACCCAUCACAUGGCUGCAUUCGGGUCCUAAUCUGGGAUCCUGAGGUGGUUUGUCAUGUGGUGGGUGCGG